CCCCCACGUAAAAGUCAACGGCAACGGUUUCAAAGGCAACGCGAAAGAAUCCGUCGGCAUCAGCCAACUCUGACUGCUGACUGCUGAAGUCCUUCAUCAAAACGCAAACAUACAUACGCACAAGCGAAAAUAUAUAUAUGAAAAGAAAGUGUCAUAAAUCAAGCGAUUAUCCUGUAAACAAAGUGUAAAACGCGCUCACAGCAGCAGCUGCAACAACAACAACAACAGCAUAAAAAAAGAAUCAACCCAACAAGGAGUUCGCCUCUCCCAAUAAAACGCCAUUUUUACAACGUUAAAAGCCAAGCCGUAUAACAACAACAACAUCAACAACAAUAACAAAAACAGGAGCAACAUAGUCCUUUUUAUUACUUGAGCAUUUAAUUUUGCUGAGUUGGGACUGGUGUUGGUCAUUUGCUUACACCCAACAACAAUUUGGGCACUGCUCGACUUGGCCCACUUGGCAACUACAAUUCCGUCGGAGCAAGUAAUACAACGAAUAGAUUGGAUUGGCUUUGAAUACAUUGUAUAAUGCUUGCGCCAGUAAGAUGACGCCACUGCAAGUGAGAACGAGAAUACGUUAGGCGGCAUUGACUAUGGGAGCAGAGGCAUGGGCGUGUGUGCGGACCUUGGGUCUUAUCGAUGGUGUCAGGCAUUAAGCCGGUCGCGUUGGUCGUGUGCCACCAACUCAAGCCUACCAACAAGAAGCGAGCAACAGCAGGCACAACAAUCAGACACAAUCAACGAGAGUACUACUACUACUACUACUACUGUGGAGUCAACAAUCGUAAAACCAGCAGCAGCAGCAACAGCAGCAGCAGUAACAACUACAGCAAGUGUUAUACCAACAAUCGCAAUUGCGACAGCAACAACAACGAUCCAGUCCGUGACUCCGACGGCACCCUCGGUAAAAACGGGUGCGGUAACAGUGAACACAACGAAAAGAAGACACCGCCGCCACCAGGACGACGACGACGACGAGGACGUCGACGUCAACGUCAACGACGGCUGCUCUAGACCUAGAACAAAAACCUGCCACGUCAGCAGCGGAUCAAUACAGACCCUCAUCCUCAAAUUUGUACUGAUUUGGCUGCUUGCCUUGUUGGCAAAAAAUGCACAAGCUCACAAUAUACCAGAAGAUGCUGUGCACAUCACAGCCAUCCUGGGCGAGGGUGUCGUCUUCAACUGCCACGUGGAGUUCCCCAACGAUCAUCCAGUGCCAUAUGUCCUGCAGUGGGACAAGAAGGUGAGCGAAACGGGCUCCGAUCUGCCCAUCUACAUUUGGUAUGAGAGCUACCCGGAACACAUUGAAGAGGGCUACAAAGGACGUGUGUCACGUGUAUCGCAGGACUCGCCUUUCGGCUCCGCUUCACUCAACUUGACGAGCAUUAGAGAGUCGGAUCAGGGCUGGUACGAGUGCAAGGUCGUAUUCCUGAACCGUGAUCCCAAGCAACAUAAGAAUGGUACAUGGUUCCACUUAGAUGUACAUGCACCGCCGCGCUUUAGUGUUACACCAGAGGAUAUUAUAUAUGUUAAUUUAGGUGACUCAAUUAUACUCAAUUGCCAUGCCGAUGGCACACCAACGCCAGAGAUUCUUUGGUACAAGGACGCAAAUCCAGUUGAUCCCUCGCCCACGGUGGGCAUCUUCAACGAUGGUACGGAGCUACGGAUAUCAACCAUACGCCACGAGGACAUUGGAGAAUACACUUGCAUUGCACGCAAUGGUGAGGGGCAAGUCUCCCAUACGGCCCGUGUUAUAAUUGCGGGUGGCGCUGUAAUAAUGGUGCCGCCCACCAACCAAACGAAACUCGAGGGCGAAAAAGUGAUAUUCUCAUGCGAGGCUAAGGCAAUGCCUGGCAAUGUCACAGUGCGCUGGUUUCGCGAGGGUUCUCCGGUGCGUGAGGUGGCUUCGCUGGAGACACGUGUCACCAUUCGCAAGGAUGGCUCACUUAUUAUCAACCCCAUCAGCGCCGACGACUCUGGCCAGUAUUUGUGCGAAGUGACCAACGGCAUUGGGGAUCCGCAAAGUGCUUCGGCCUACCUGAGUGUUGAAUAUCCUGCUAAAGUGACCUUCACGCCAACUGUGCAGUAUCUCCCCUUUCGCUUGGCCGGCGUUGUGCAGUGCUACAUCAAGUCGAAUCCGCAGCUGCAGUAUGUCACCUGGACCAAGGAUAAGCGUCUGCUGGAGCCCUAUCAGAUGAAGGACAUCGUGGUAAUGGCCAACGGUUCGCUGCUCUUCACGCGCGUCAACGAGGACCAUCAGGGACGAUACACGUGCACACCGUACAACGCACAGGGCACCCAGGGCGACUCGGGCGUGAUGGAAGUGUUGGUUCGCAAGCCUCCGGCGUUCACCGUCGAACCGGAAACGCUUUACCAACGCAAGGUCGGCGACAGCGUCGAGAUGCACUGCGACGCCGUCGAGGCGGAGGGCACAGAGCGUCCAACCAUCAAGUGGCAACGCCAGGAGGGCGAACAACUCUCCGACUCACAGCGCAAUCGGGUCAAAAUCUCUGGCGGCAACAUUACCAUCGAGAAUUUGCGCCGCGAUGACUUUGGGUACUAUCAGUGUGUGGUCUCCAAUGAGGUGGCCACCUUAAUGGCCGUCACCCAGCUGGUCAUCGAGGGCACGCAGCCGCAUGCGCCCUACAACAUCACGGGUAAGGCCACCGAGUCGUCGAUUACGCUGCAGUGGCUGCCCGGCUACAGCGGUGGCUCCGAGUACAAGCAGGACUACACGAUUUGGUAUCGCGAGGCGGGGGUCAACGACUGGCAGACGAUAUCGGUGACGCCGUCCGGCAGCACACAGGUAACCAUCAAUGGCUUGGCCUCCGGCACCAGCUAUGAGUUCCAGGUGGUGGGGCGCAACGUCCUCGGCGAUGGCAUGAUGAGCAAAGUGAUGACUGUGCGUACUCUGGAAGACGCUCCGGCAGCGCCACGUAAUGUCAAGGCUGCAACACAACCGCCCGAUCACUUAUUUCAGCCAAUGCCAGACGAAGCUGACCUUUUAGCCUAUUUUGACAUUUACUUUCAUACCGAUUCGAGAGGCAUGAUAGUUUAUUCGCCACCCAAGUUGAGAAUGCAAGGACCGAAGCCUGGACCACCGCGCAAUGUGUCCGUGACGGAAAUCUCGAAUGGCUUCCUCAUCACUUGGCAGUCGCCGUUGGAGCGCGCACACAUCGUCAAGUUCUAUACCAUUAAAUAUCGCACGGAUGCGGAAUGGAAGACGCUCAAUCGCGGCCAAAUACGACCGGAGGAGACGCAGUAUCUGGUGAAGAACUUGGUGGGCGGUCGCACCUACUAUUUCCGUGUGCUGGCCAACUCGGAGAAAUCCUUCGAGUCGAGCGAUGAGGUGAAAUUCCCGGUGCCGGCGCGUGUCAAACAUAAAGCUAUAACAGCCGGCGUCGUUGGGGGCAUCCUGUUUUUUAUUGUUGCGAUCAUUUUAUCGGUUUGUGCCGUAAAAAUUUGCAAUAAACGUAAACGACGAAAACAGGAAAAAGAGUUCAACAUGGUAGCUUGCAGGAUAACGGACGCUCGUAACAUUGCAGCCAAUAAUCAUCAUCAUUUGCACAAUCGUAGUACGGGCUCAAUUUCCUCUGGUCAAGUGCCUUUAAAAAAGUACAAACAAACCCGAAUAUCAAGUCUAACUGCCAUACUCAUCGCCAUACUGCACUGGAUUUGGCCACCCGAUCGCUGCACCAACUGUCAAUCCAUCUACAGCUCACCCAAUCUACCCGAAGACUGCGAUCCCGAUGCCAAGCGACGUUCGACACAAGAUGGAGCUAAGCCCGGCUACGAUCAGACCAUCCUGGAAAACAGCAUCGAUGUCGUCGACGGCGCAUUAUUUGAGAGAAGGAACAGCAAUGUGUCACAGAAAUCAUCCAGUGACGAUGGCGGCUUCCUCUCGCGUCGUAAUUUUAUCACAGCUCGUGCCUCCUGGCGGCGUCCACUCGUCGCGUCAUCCAGUCAGGUCAGCUUGCAGUCGGCAGCAGAUUCCGCGAGGGGUUUCCUCCAGGGUUUGGGUGGCUUGCUCAAGAUUGGCGGCGCUGUCAAGCAGCAGCAGCAGCAGUUCGAUGAGGCUGUAACUGGUGCACGCUAUCAAAAUGUGCUGCGUCCCUACAGCUCAAACUCGCACAACAUCUACAGGAACUUGCAACACAACACGGCCAACAGUGGACCAUUGCACAUCAACACGAUCAGCGGCAGUCUCGGCCAGCAGCUGCUCUCUCCCCCGCUGUACACACCGACUCGCGUCUCCCGCAUCUUCUCCAGCUCGCCAGCCAGCACGCCAGGCCAUCAUCAUCAUCAGCAUCAGCAUCAGCAUCAGCAUCAGCUGCUGUCUUAUAGCGGCGCAUAUCCAACGCAUCAUACGCACUUCAGCGAUCUCAGCACGGUGUAUCCCAACUCUGCGGAACGCUCGCUGCCCACAUCACAUCUCAGUGGCACCGGGAAUCUGAGUCGCUAUCGCUAUCACUCGCAAGAACUGCCCUCGCUGCGCACCAUUCAGGAGGAGACGCGUCGCCAGCAGCAGCCUCCUCAGCAUCCACUCGAGGAUCACUUUGUGCCGUUGCAGCUGCCGUCGCCGCCUUCGUGGCGCAAUUACUAUCAGACUCAGCUGCCAUAUCACAGCUAUCGACCGCGCACUCGCUGGUAUCCCCGCCACUACUCGAGACUCUUCAGUCGCCAGCAGCACGAACUGCUCUCGCCACUGCCCGACCUCAAUCUAUCCCUGCGAGGCACGGCCAAUGGCGCCAGAGUGGGACUGGAGGCGUCACCCGAGUCGCGAUCCAGCUCCAGUGGCUUUGGUUCCAAGAACACCUCCAAUCAUCCGGGCAGCACAAGCGAGUGGCGACUCUUGCCGCCCUAUAGGCCUCCUCCAUCGCCGCCCAAGCACUCAGCGUACUUUGGAGCCAGCGUUGCGGCGUCGGGUAAUCAGCAGGCGCAAGCACAGACCUUGGUGGCAGGCCAGUUGCAGCAACAGCCAUACCACUACUCCUAUCUGCAGCCAAGUCCGCCCUCGGCCGGCCUGACGCCACCCUACACCAUGGCCCAUUGGCUGGAAAUGAUCUCAAGACUGAACGCAGCCACGGACAGUAAUCUGCCCAAGGCAUGCCCCGCUGUGGAUGUGGGCAGCGUCGAUGGCCAUUACGAAUUCGAUCCUGCCACACCAACGCCAAGUGCCUCGACGCCAACGGGAGUCGGAGUCGGUGUCGGUGUCGGACUUCUUCGCGACGAUCUCAAUCUGCAUAUAGACACCCAUCACUAUCCUCAUCCCUACCAACAUCAACAUCAUCAUCAUCAGCAGCAGCAGCAACAGCAGCAACAACAACAACAUCACCAUGCAGCGACUUUGCCUUAUCACCACACUUUGGGGCCGUUGAGCGGCAGCUUGCUGCAUGCCUCAGCUGCCCGCAAGCUGCGCAGCCUGCCCCGCUAUGACAAUGUCGAGGCUCGCCUGCAGGCCAUGCGGGAAGAGUUCUAUGCAUAUCGGAAGCGUAAGGCCAUGCAACGAGUAGGCGGUCCCGAAAUCGAGAGCAUUUGCUGAACCGCAGUUGAGGCGACCGCAAAGCAUAUCCAACAGACAGUCAGACUUGAAUGCAGUAUGAGAAUGCGGCAGCAGUUUGAAUGUGCUAUCGAAGUCAACCGCAUAAACCAUAUGAUUAGAUGAUAUCGCAAUCAAUCGCAAUCCGGCAAUAAAAACAUACGAACAGUGCUUGCCCAUUUCAUAGAAGCAGUUGGAAGUACUUCGAGUAUGUGAAGCCAUUUAGGUGACCGCAAAAAGAAGCAAGUAAACAAUUAGUUGUGGAAUAUUCACGCUAGGCGAACAACACAAAAUGAUGACAAGAGAACAACAAAGAAGCGAAGAUAAUUUUUGUAAAUAUAAUAAAAUGAAAUGCACGAAUCGAAACACAGCAUUAUAAGAUGGCACGCAAAGAAAGGAAAGCAAAGCAAAGAAGCAAACUUUAAGCAUAAUAUUAAAACAAAACUAUAGCAAUUAUGAGGACAUAUUACUUAUAAAAACUCAAUAUAAUAUGUAAUUGAUAUUUGACACACAGUACGUGUAUGCAAAAUGAUUAUUAUUAUUAUUAUUUAUAAAAAACAAAACAACAAAAUUACAUAUUAGAUAUAUAUACAUAUAUAGGCGUAACGAAGCGAAACACAGAUUGAUAUGUUAAACAUCAAUUAAAAAGAAAUCCACAAGCGUAAGCGUACAUUAUGUUACAUUAACACUAACGUAAAUUAAUUAAUUAAUUAACGAAUUAAUACAAACAAAUGAUGAAGAUAUUCAAUAUAUAGAUGUUAAGUCCUUAGUUGUUAAACUUGAUAAGCAAAACAAAACGAAUGAGAAGUGUUGAAAUUGAAAAUGAAAUUUAAAUAAAAGCGAUAAAAACUCAGUAAAGCUAAAUAUAUAGACAAAUUGUUUCAAAUUAAAUUAUUUAAAUACAAAUGCAAAUGUGAAAAUCGUAAUUACCGAAAUUUAAUGAAAGUCUCACAAUAAAAUCAGUUAAACCAAAUAAUUACGUGAAAUACAUAUAACUGCUGCAUAUACAUAUGUUUACUGUUGAGCUACACACAAUUAACAACAAAAAAAGAUUAUUACGAGUAACUCCAAUGAUAUGUACAUUUAUUGAGAAUACAGAAAACAAAAACUCAAAUACUUUUUCCAGUGCCGAGUAUAGGAGCCCUCUUUCAAGCAAAUCCAUAAACACGCUCAACACAACCAACCAACCAACAAACCAAAAGAAAACAAAAACAAACAAAACAGGACACAAAUAAUGAUGAAACAAUACUGCGUUAGCGCUAAUUGACAUUUAUUAAACUUAUAAUAUUAAUUAAUAUAAAAAUUGAAGCUAAAAAACUAAAAACAAGAGCAAGCGAAACAGGAAUAGAAAUGGAGAAUUACUGGGCUAUAUGGCUAUGGAUAGGAUUGAUAUUUGAGUUGUACCCGUUGUGCAGGUCCUACAUAUGUAUAUAAAAGAAAAAACCAAUUCACAAGAAUGAUAUAAGUCUGUAGUAUAAUUCAACUGAGAGAUUUAAGUAUCAGAUUUUAUUAUAUACGAUUUCAAAUUGAUGCAUAUAGGAGUUAGUGUUUGGUAAAUUCUUCUUUAUAUCGCGACCCGAAACCCAAUUUCAGUUUUACUUAGGCGAGAGAUGUAAGAGAUGAGCAAAGAUGCUUGAUGAAUUUCAGUUUCAGUUAUUAUAUACUUAAUAACUUGUUAAUGAUAAACUUGUCUGAACAUCAAAUUGUACGGAAUGGUUUGACACAACUUGACGCCAAAACACUGCCAGAGCGCGAGAUGCAUGAGGACGACGUGUGUAUAACGUAUGUAAAUUACAACAUCAACAACAAAAAUAUAUAAUAAUAAUACCUAAUAUAAUAAUAAAAUUGAUAUACUAAAAAAUAAAUACCAAUUUAAGCAAAUCGUUGAGCAGCAAACAAAAACAAAAAGAAACAAAAAAAGAAAAACGAAAUGAAUUGAAAGUUAAUACAAACAAAAUAUUCAGAACAUGACACAAAUGAUCUCAAUAAUUUGUCUUGCCUUUUGUUUGCAUCAGACAAUUUCAUUUUGAUUAAUUUUAAAUAGUUCAAAUUAUAUAAACCAGCCCCUGAGCUGUCUGUGCUCUAAGCGCAGUAAAUAAGUGUUUUACUAUAUUCCAGAAGUGAGAGAGAGAGUGUAAUAAAGUUUCACUGCAGUGUAGACGCUUCUCCAAAUGGUUUCUCAUUUGAUCAAACAGAAAUCGCAAUUGAAAUUCAAAUAUGUAAUUGAUAAUUGAUUGUUACUGCACAAAGUACUCGUAAUGCUGAUGGAGCUCGAUUAAUUGUAAAUGCUUACCAACAAUAUUAAAAGAAAGUUCAUUUUUCUAUUGAGUAGGCAAAGAUACAGAUACACACAAACACACAUACAUACACACACACAGACCCACACCUACACAUUACCACAUAAUCUGUCACAUAAUGUUAACUAGAACGCAAUUAAUGAAUUAAUUGAGCAUUAACGAAAAAUCCAAUUAAGCGAAAAUAAAAUAUAAAAACUUUAAAGAAAAACAAAAUUCAAAUGAAAAUGAAAAUAACAAUGAAAAUGAAAAGGAAGAAAGAAACCCAAAACAACAAUUACAGUAUGCGUAUUAAUGUACUUAUUAAAUUUUAAUUGAGAAUUGAGAAAUAAAUUGAAAGAUGCGAAAGAUG